AAGCGCAUGACCACCAGCUGGCCAGUGAUAUUGCUUCUCCGAUCUCUCCCAAUCCCCUCCUCUCACUCUCCCCCAAAAACCAGUCUCUGGUUUUCCUCUCUCCCCUGCGCGCACACACAUUCUCUCUCCUCCUUCCCACCAUUAUUACAGAAACAGCAGACUGCGUAGUGUUGAAAAACUUGAUCCACAAUUGAUUGGGUAAUGAUGAUGAUCUAGAGGGAGAGAGAGAGAGAGAGCAUAAAUUCAGUGCAAGCUUUUGAUUGGUGAUUGGUGAUUGGUGACAUCUCUUCUGGGUUGGGUUUGGGUUUGUGGGUUUGGGUUUGGGUGGGUCUUUUGCUUGUGAGAGUAUUAUUCUUUCUUCACCCUCUGUGCAUGAAUUUUCUUGGGCCAUGCUCAUGCAUUCUCCUCCUCUUUCUUCAUCACCAUCGUCAUCGUCUCUGGCUUUGAUGGGUUGGCGAGGGGGGGAGCUGAGGGAGAGGGAGAGGAGAGGAGAGAGGAGCGGCUGUGCGUUCGCGUGCAGGGCUGCACGAGGUGGUCUCGUUUCGGGCGCGGGCGCUCUGCUUCCAUGGCUGCUUUUAAGUAAGACGCCAAAAGAAAACCUUUUUGCUCUCUCGAGUGUCAUGAACUCGCACUGAAAGUGCGCGCCGAACCGAGAAGAAGAAGAAGAAGAAGAAGAAGAAGAAAGAGAAACCAUCCCCUUAGAAAACGCGAAAAAGAGUAAAUAGUAAAAAGAGCAAGCUUGAUCUUACUUGAUCUAAAACAUUAAGAUCCUUCUCUGUUCGAGAGAAGUCACAGUCCCGCUUUUUCCAGACAUGAAGAGACUUGGCAGCUCAGAUUCGUUGGGUGCUUUGAUGUCCAUCUGCCCACCUUCAGAGGAAUUGCAGCACAGUCCGAGAAACGGCAACCCCAUCUACCACAGCAGGGACCUGCAGUCCAUGCUGGAGCUGGGCCUCGACGAGGAAGGCUGCGUGGAGGACCAGUCCGCCGGCGGCGGGGGGCACGUCUGCGGCGAGAAGAAGCGGCGGCUGAGCAUCGACCAGGUCAAGGCCCUGGAGAAGAACUUCGAGGUGGAGAACAAGCUCGAGCCGGAGCGGAAGGUGAAGCUGGCCCAGGAGCUGGGGCUGCAGCCGCGCCAGGUGGCCGUGUGGUUCCAGAACCGCCGCGCGCGGUGGAAGACGAAGCAGCUGGAGCGGGACUACGGCGUGCUCAAGUCCAGCUACGAGGCGCUCAAGCUCAGCUACGACGCCCUCAAGCACGACAACGAGGCCCUUCACAAGGAGAUAAAAGAGCUGAAAUCGAAACUCCGGGAAGAAGACGACAACCCCGAGAGCAAUCUCUCCGUCAAAGAAGAGGUCAUCAUCCCCGGCCACGACGUGUCGGACAAGAUCCGGGCCGCAGACGACGGUGACGACGACACCAAACGCUCUCCUCCCCCUCCGAUCACCGCCCCGCCUCGCGAGCUGAGCUUCAACAAUGGCGGGCUCAAGGACGGGUCGUCCGACAGCGACUCGAGUGCAAUUGUGAACGAAGAGAACGCGGCGACCAGCAGCAGCAGCCCGAACCCCGCCGUCCAGAGCCACGGCGGCUUCUUGAAAUUCAUGGGGUCAUCGUCCUCUUCGGCCUCCCCACCGCCGCCGCCACCGGCUUCCUUCGGCGGGUGCUUCAGCUUCCAGUUCCAGCGAGCGUACCAGCCUCAGCCUCAGCCUCCUCACCACCACCACCACCACAGUCCGUACGUGAAGAUGGAGGAGCACAAUUUCCUCGGCGGCGAGGAGGACUGCAACUUCUUCUCCGACGAGCAGGCUCCGACGCUGCAUUGGUACUGCCCCGAUCAGUGGAACUGAUGGAUACGAACUUCUCUCGUUGGAUGGGACUGCAGAUUAGAGAUCGAUAAAAAAAAUGUAGGGCGACAACUCCCUAGCUUUACGUGCUUGUGAAGUGAAACAAACUCUCGGGCACAUGAUUGCACGAAUCACUUCAACCCGGCAUGACAUGACUCGACACGACGAGAAUAAGAUCGAGCUAGUGAGAGAGAGGGGUUUGGGCACGGAGCGAAAAUUCGAGUAGUAUGCAGUUCCUUAUUGCACGCGGCAUUCCGGUUAUAGGAUGCAAAUUAGAAUUGAAUAUGAUGCGAUAUGGUAAUGUUUUUGUUUCCCUCUUGUGAUGGAUCAUGAGAAUUCAGCAUGGACAAGGGGUGAAUAAGAAGAGUUUCUCAAAAUUUCAAAGCCA